AGAUAGUUUUGAACACUGGCUGGUUAUGUACAUUCUCAGAAAUUGAUUUUGGAUAAUUUUUAACCAAAAAAAGUUACGGACAGCAGCUUUAAGCAAAAUAUUAAAAAAAAAUGGCCCAGGCUUCAGUAUAAAAACCCUGAACCCCAUAGACACAGUAUUUUUCUGUCACAAUAAUAAUAGCUUGAUAAAACCUAUCUAUCUAUCUAUCUAUCUAUAUAUAUAUAUAGAUAGAUAGUCCAGACCUCUGCUGGGAAGGAAAUAUAGAGACCGGACCUCUUGAAACUUUAACUGAAUACCCCUGCUCUAAAUGAAAUAUAUUCGUCCAAUGUAACCUGUGUCGAGUGCAUCCUUACAACACACAGUAGGUUAUAAACUCUGCAGAACAGCGACACUCCAGGACUGACGUUGCCUAUCCCUGAUAUAGAACAUUUAAUGGUCGCAGUAAUUAUUUAUUCAAAGGAAGUACCUACUCAGAAUGUCACACAUAGUUGCAGUAAGCAGACAAUGACGAAGAAGAUUAGGUUAAAAGUCUUUAAUAACAAACUCAGCAGGUUAAUCCAACAAACAUAAACAAUCACAUUCAACUGAUGCAUUAACGAGAAUGGACCACUAAACACUGAAAAGGCAGCAACUUAAAUACCAAGCAAAUGAGGGAAAUAAUGAUGAACACCUGUGAGAGGGAAUGAAUCACCAUGACAUAACAACAACAAAAUAAACAAAUGAGGGAGGGUGGAGUCUUAGGAGGAGGGCGAGGAGCUGGUGAAGGGCUGGUAAGAAGGAGCAGGCAGAGGGCUGGCAGACACAGGCAGGCAGACCGGCAGAGACUCCACAGAGGAACAGAUGGUGGGAGCAUCCAUGAAGCGAUGACGGGAGGAGUAGCCAGAUGUUGCAGACCCAGAGCACUGUGAAGACAUCAGCCCACGGUGGCGUCGAUAGAGGGAGGUGCCAAGGUGGAGACGUGGCUGACGGCAUCGGUGGGACGACCGAUGUAGACAGAGCCGAUCCCAAGGUCGAUGACGGAGAGCCGAUGGAAUUAAGUGACGCCGCUGGCACUGGAGGCCUAGGCGGAGCCGUGGCGAGGAGUGUCUGAGGUGGAACCAGAUCUCCCGAGGCCUGAGGUGCAGCCGGUGCGACUGAGGACCAAGGUGAAGCCGGGGAGAAGGAGGAUUCCACUGCAGCCGUAGGGGUGGAGCUCUGAAGCGCAGCGGGAAGCUCGCAAGUCUGUGGCGCAGGGGUGACGACUGACCAAGGGGGAGCCAGAGGGACGAGGGAACCCGGUGGAGCUGCAAGGCCAAGGGUCUCCGGUGGUGCCGAGGGUGGGGGGAGUCAAGGUGAAGCCGACAGGUCGACGGGCCGAGGUAGAGAUGAUCAGAGGCCGGAGGCUGAGCCAAAGGAUCCACUUGAUUUGGCGAGGCUGCUGAGUCCUGAGGCUUCACCGUACUGCAAGGUAACACAGGGGAAGACAAAGGGCUACAGGAGGACAGCUGAGGCAGGGCUGGUGGAGUGGCAAUGCUAAAUAGAGGAGGUGGGAGAGGGAGGUUAGGUGGGAUCACAGAUCACAGUUUAUACAGUGCAAUGAUUCAGUUUCUGUGCUGGGUUUAACCAGCGAUGAUGAAGAAAGGGCACAGAGAUCAGGGUGGGGUGGGGUGGGUGGCAGUAUUACAGUAUCCCAGUCUAUUAGCCAGUCCUCCCCAGUGUCAAUCUCCACCAGGAGCAGGCAGAGGGCUGGCAGACACAGGCAGGCAGACCGGCAGAGACUCCACAGAGGAACAGAUGGUGGGAGCAUCCAUGAAGCGAUGACGGGAGGAGUAGCCAGAUGUUGCAGACCCAGAGCACUGUGAAGACAUCAGCCCACGGUGGCGUCGAUAGAGGGAGGUGCCAAGGUGGAGACGUGGCUGACGACAUCGGUGGGACGACCGAUGUAGACAGAGCCGAUCCCAAGGUCGAUGACGGAGAGCCGAUGGAAUUAAGUGACGCCGCUGGCACUGGAGGCCUAGGCGGAGCCGUGGCGAGGAGUGUCUGAGGUGGAACCAGAUUUCCCGAGGCCUGAGGUGCAGCCGGUGCGACUGAGGACCAAGGUGAAGCCGGGGAGAAGGAGGAUUCCACUGCAGCCGUAGGGGUGGAGAUCUGAAGCGCAGCGGGAGGCUCGCAAGUCUGUGGCGCAGGGGUGACGACUGACCAAGGGGGAGCCAGAGGGACGAGGGAACCCAGUGGAGCUGCAAGGCCGAGGGUCUCCGGUGGCGCUGAGGGUGGGGGGAGUCAAGGUGGAGCCGACAGGUCGACGGGCCGAGGUAGAGAUGAUCAGAGGCCGGAGGCUGAGCCAAAGGAUCCACUUGAUUUGGCGAGGCUGCUGAGUCCUGAGGCUUCACCGUACUGCAAGGUAACACAGGGGAAGACAAAGGGCUACAGGAGGACAGCUGAGGCAGGGCUGGUGGAGUGGCAAUGCUAGAUAGAGGAGGUGGGAGAGGGAGGUUAGGUGGGAUCACAGAUCACAGUUUAUACAGUGCAAUGAUUCAGUUUCUGUGCUGGCUUUAACCAGCGAUGAUGAAGAAAGGGCACAGAGAUCAGGGUGGGGUGGGGUGGGGUGGUCUAUUAGCCAGUCCUCCCCAGUGUCAAUCUCCACCAAAAUUCCCUGUUGCCGGCUCACACCCCUGGUCAGACUCACAUUGGGGAAUCCUCUGCCCUCUUUUUGCCCACUGUGAUCCCGGAUCUGUUCGUUGAUGUAACUAUUCAGAGUCCAGCAGGGAUCACCGCGGAGCAUGAUGAAGUGGAGAUCUUCGUCCAAACCACACUGAAAUCCCUCCAUCAGACAGACGUCAUCUCAGGUGGCAUAAUGGCAGAUGUCUAGGAACUCCUCCACGUAACUGCCAUGCUGGAACAAAAACACUGUCGCUCCUCUCAGAAUUUUGUUGCCCCUCAUAGGGGCAACGUUAAUGGAAGCAAUUUCUAUUCUUGUUCUUUGGUCCGUUCUUAUGUCACGCAUAGUUGCAGUAAGCAGACGAUGAUGAAGAAGAUUAGGUUAAAAGUCUUUAAUAACAAACUCAGAAGGUUAAUCCAACAAACAUAAACAAUAACAUUCAACUGAUGCAUUAACAAGAACGGACCACUAAACACUGAAAAGGCAGCAACUUAAAUACCAAGCAAAUGAGGGAAAUAAUGAUGAACACCUGUGAGAGGAAAAAAUUAAUCACAAUGACAACUGAUAAGUGAGCGGGAAAAAUGAACAAAGGAAAACAAGAACUAAUUAAUAUUAACUAUGAAUAUAAAGAGUCUAUGAAGAUGAAAUUAAGACCAAAAUAUCUGAAUGUCUGUGACAGAGAGUAUGCGAUUUCAGUUGCAGCCUGUGUGUUUAACAGCACUUCAUGUAAAAUGAGUCUCGAUGAUCGGAGAAAGGAGGCGGUUUCUGUUCAGACACAUGAAGCAGCAUCUCCAGAACCCAGCUGUGUGUCUAUGAAGAGUGACAGAUCCAUGGACCCUCCCAUUAAACUCAGUGAUGGAGAACUGACCUCUGACCCUGAUACUGUCUGUAAAGUUAGUCUAUAUGAGCAGAGAAAGGAGGCGGUUUCUGUUCAGAUAUGUGAAGCAGCAUCUCCAGAACCCAGCUGUGUGUCUAUGAAGAGUGACAGAUCCAUGGACCCUCCCAUUAAAUUCAGUGAUGGAGCACCUGAUACUGCCUGUAAAAUGAGUCUCAUUGAGCAGAGAAAGAAGGUGGUUUCUGUUCAGAAACAUAAAGCAGCAUCUCCAGAACCUAGCUGUGUGUCUAUAAAGAGAUACAGAUCCAUGAAUGACCCUCCUGAACUCAGUGAUGGAGCAGUGACCUCUGACCCUGACACUGCCUGUAAAAUGAGUCUCUAUGAGGAGAGAGAGGAGGAGGAGGAUGUUCACACACAUAAAGCAGCAUCUGCAGAACCCAGCUGUGUGUCAAUGAAGAGUGACACAUCCAUGAGAAACCCCCCUCAUCUCAGUGAUGGAGCAAUGAUCUCUGACCCUAAAGUGAAGAGAGAUGAUGUGAUCAGAUUAGUGACGCCCCAUCUGAUCCGUACUGACUCCGACUGUCAGACCCUCAUCAGGCAGAGAGUCAAAGACCAACACAAAACCAGCAUGAAGAACAAAUAUGAGACCUUAUUUGAGGGAAUAAAACAACAAAAGAAUCAAACCCUCCUGAACAGGAUCUACACACAGCUGUACAUCAUAGAGGGAGAGAGUGAAGGGAUGAAUGAAGAACAUGAGGUUUUACAGAUGGAGAAAACAGCCAGAACACAAGACACUCCAAUCUACUGCAAUGACAUCUUUAAACCCUUACAUGAACCAGGAUGUGAGGAGAAAGACAAAAUCAAAACUGUCCUUACUAAAGGCAUAGCUGGAAUUGGAAAAACCAUCUCUGUGCAGAAGUUCAUUCUGGACUGGACUGAGGGAAAAGCCAAUCAGGAUGUAGAUUUUAUGUUUGUGCUUCCAUUUCGAGAGCUGAACUUGAUUAAAGAUCACCAGUGCAGUCUUUACAGACUUCUGCUGGACUUUCAUCCUGAACUUAAAGAUCUGGAAUCAAAGAUUUAUGAGGAAUGUAAUGUUGUGUUCAUUUUUGAUGGUCUGGAUGAAAGCAGAAUUACACUGACGUUUUCAGAUGAUGAGAAACUUUGUGAUGUGAAUGAGUCUUCAUCAGUGGGUGUGUUGAUGUCAAACCUCAUCAGAGGAGAGCUGCUACCCUCUGCUCUCAUUUGGAUCACCUCCAGACCAGCAGCAGCCAAUCAGAUCCCCUCAAAAUACAUCAACCGUGUGACAGAAAUUCAGGGAUUCAGUGAGUUGCAGAAGGAGGAAUAUUUCAGGAAGAAAAUCUGUGACGAGUAUCAAGCCAGCAGAAUCAUCUCACACAUUAGAAGAUCAAGAAGCCUCCAUAUCAUGUGUCACAUACCUGUCUUCUGCUGGAUCUCAGCCACUUUGCUUCAAAAACUCCUGAAACGUGAUGACAGUGCAGAAAUUCCUCAAACUCUGACUGAAAUGUACAUCCACUUACUGCUGACUCAGAUCAACAUGAGGAAUCAGAAGUAUAAUAAGAGAAAUCCAACAAAACGUUUGCAGUCCAACAGAGACGUGACUCUGAAGCUUGCUAAACUGGCUUUCAAUCAGCUGAUGAAGGGCAAUGUGAUGUUCUAUGAGGAGGACCUAAUUGAGAGUGGCAUAGACGUCACUGAAGCCUCAGUGUAUUCUGGGAUUUGCACUGAGAUCUUUAAGGAGGAAUCUGUGAUUCAUCAGAGGAAAGUCUACUGCUUCAUUCAUCUGAGCUUUCAGGAGUUUCUAGCUGCUUUCUAUGAGUUUUAUUCCCACAUAGUCAAGAAAAUGAAAUUACAGAAGUUAUUUCAAGAUAACCAAUAUCAGUUGUACAGUCAGGAUAUCUCUCUGUAUGAGUUUCUAAUAUCAGCAGUUGAUAAGUCCUUACAGAGUGAAAAUGGACAUCUGGAUCUCUUCCUGCGGUUCCUGCUGGGCAUCUCACUGGAGUCCAAUCAGAGACUCUUAAAGGAUCUACUGUUAUGCACAGUGAACAGAUCAGAGACCAUCAAGAGAAUCACACAGUACAUUAAAAUCAAAAUCAAAGGUGAAGAACGUCUCUCAGCUGACAGAUGCAUCAAUCUUUUCCUCUGUCUGCUGGAAAUGAAGGAUCAGACUCUGUACAGAGAGAUUCAGGAGUUUGUGAACUCAGAGAAUCACUCAGUGAAUCGACUUUCUCCGUCUCACUGCUCAACAAUCGCCUACAUGCUUCAGAUAUCAGAGGAGGUGCUGGAAGAGUUUGAUCUGAAGAAAUACAACACAUCAGAUGAGGGUAGAAAGAGACUGAUACCAGCUGUGGUGAACUGCAGAAAAGCUCUAUUUGCUGACUGUAAUCUCACUGGCCAGCUGUGUGAAAGUUUGUCUUUAUUUCUACAAUCAUCAAACUCAUCACUGAGAGAGCUGGACCUGAGUAACAAUGACCUGAAGGAUUCAGGAGUGAAGCUUCUGUCUGAUGGACUUAAGAGUUCACACUGUCAACUCAACAUACUGAGAUUGACACACUGUAAUCUCACUGGUCAGUGCUGUGAAAGUUUGUCUUCAUCUCUACAAUCAAACUUCUCACUGAGAGAGCUGGACCUGAGUAACAAUGACCUACAGGAUUCAGGAGUGAAGCUUCUGUCUGUUGGAAUGAAGAAAUCACACUGUCAACUCAACAUACUGAGAUUAUCUGGCUGUAUGGUGACAGAGGAAGGCUGUUGUUUUCUGGCUUCAGCUCUGAGUUCAAACACCUCACACCUGAGAGAGCUGGAUCUGAGCUACAAUUACCCAGGACAAUCAUUAGUCAAGCUGCUUUCAGAUCCAAACUACAGACUGGACAAACUCAAAAAUACCAUGGGACAUGUCCAGAAAACAGAGCGUGUGAACACAGUGGCCAAUCAGAGGUGUUUACAAAUCCACUCAACAGCGCUCAAAGCAUCACAUUUUUAAAAUUUCAGUACGGAAGUUGGUACUUUUGACAACUCUAGUAGGGAGCUUGGGUGGAGUCGACAGGGCAGGCAGCAAGGGAAGAGCCAACAAGGCAGGCUGGUCAGACUUGGCAAGACAGGAACCAGGGUGAAGAAGAGGAACCCCACAAAGAAGACUGUUCCAAGGGAAGCACGGCCAAUGUAGUGGGCACAGGGAAGACAAUUAUCUGGGACAGGAGCAGACUCUGGGAUGGCCUCUGUGGCUGACUUUGGGGACAUCAGGGCUGGAGCUGAGGAGGCCAGGAGGGAUGUGUGUGGCCGUAUUAGGGAGAGUGGGCUGCUUGAUGACGGCCUCCGUGGCCAUAUCAAGGAGAGUGGGCUGCUCGAUGAUGGCCUCUGGGGCAGCAGUGGUGGGUGGCAGACUGGUCCCAAGUCCGAAGAAGCCGUGUGCAUAUUCCAGGCAUGCAGGACAGCCAAAACAUAGAAGGCAAACCCAAGCCAUGUGCUUGAAAAAGACAUGAACACGCAGCUAAUGAGAACACUCAUAAGCCGCUUGUUCACACAAAACAUAACAUGAAAUCACAGCCAAUGAGACAAUGAGAAAGCGUGCGGCCAAAGAAAACACGAACCGCAUGCUUCACAGAACACAACACACGCAGACAGAAGAGCGCACGGCCCGAGUGAACUUGAAACCAAAUGCUCACACAACAAGACAGAGUGCACGAGAACGAGCGAAUGCUCAUUCUUUGCACUCACAGCAGAUGACAAACACAUGGAGCAUGAAUGUCCGAAUCCCGACACAGAACCGAAAUCAAACUAGACCAAAGUGCUGGGAUCUGAACACCACAUCCCGCACGCAAGACGACUCACAUGGACGGCCCGAGCGAACUCAGAACCGUAGCUCAACAUGACAGGACAAGACGACAGCAGUGUCAGAGCUCUGUCACAAAACCAAGAAUACUCAGACAGAAGUGACAGAACCCUGACUCCUGCACCUGGGAUGCAUCUAUUUCCCUCAAAUUAUUUGAACCAUAAAAAUAUAUAUAUAUUAUAUAUAUAUAUAUAUAUAUAUAUUUAUAUUAUUGAUAAAGAAUUAAUGACAAUAAUAAAUGAAUGGAUGACAAAAUGAUAUCAAUACAAAAAUUUCUGUUAAGGUUUUUUAUAGCCCGAGACAGUAAUGCGAACACCUCCUCAACUGGAUAAAACGUUUCCACUACGAGAGAAAGCGGCAGCCACGUGGUGAUUCCUUGUCACAUCCGCUGUGAAAGGGCCUUUAGUGUAGCAAAUAUAAGCAAAUUGUUAGGUUGAAUUGACUUUCAGUUAAAGUUAUAUUAACCCACAUAUUCUCUUUGGGGUCUGUACAGAACCCAUGUGAUGUUUCCCAUCAUUAAAAAACAGUUCCCCUUAUCUCAGUGACAUGAGAUUUUGUAACUUUUGUUACAUUAUGUCUAAACACACACAAAAAAAACUGGGCUUGAUUUGGUUGUUUUGAAGGUAUUUAAUAAAAAAAAAAAAAAUAAAUAAAUAAAAAAAAGUCACACUCAUGGUCUUCGCACUGAAAAUGAAUGGGAAAGGUGAAAAUUUAAGAGUUUUUUUAUUGUUCAUUUUUUUAUUAAAAUACAUCUGGCAGAAAUCUGAAAAUGUCAGCACAGAAAUGAAGGUCUGGUACUAGAACACAAAUGCAAUUUAGAACAGACAUGCUCACACACGCACAAGCACACAAGUGGGCCUGCUACAUAGAGCAUUUAUAUAGAAUUUGGCAAACAAAAUCACAAAUGCAGAUAUGAAGGGGUGAGAUGUAACAAAAAAAAAACAAAAAAAAAAAAACACAUGCAUACACACUAGGGCUGCACGAUUUAUCGCACGAUACAAAAAAUAACAUUGAAAUCGUGCUUAAAUGCGAUUCUCAGUGCGAUUAUGAAAUUGCAAAGGCUGUGAUUAUUUUUUUCAUGCGCAGCUUGUCAAUGAAGUAUGGCUCCAAAUGCUAAUCCAUCUGAAAGCACUGAGAGUUUGAGUCGCUUAUAAUGCACAUUUGAAAAAGCAACGCGCGUCUUUCCAGACAUUAGAAGCAUUUAUUAACAUCUUGUCCAACAAAAGACAACAUUUAUUAACGUUUUUACUCCAAACUCACUUCAUAACGACAGUUGAGCAUCCUUCUGUGAGAUGAAUAAGGCAGUCAUGUGUUUAUUAGUCAUGUUUAAACAAUCAAAGGGUAUCAAUCUUCUGUUUAUUCAGCUACAGCAAUAGUAUGAUGCCCAUAGGGAUUCCCUGGAAUGCCGCGUGUUAUCUACUUCUAAGGCAGGGCAUAUUUGCAGUUUCUGCGCAAGAGCGCCCUCUGGCUUUCAGAUGGAGAAGCACUUACUACUGAUCACAGAGCCAUACAGCUCUGACAAGGUGCGCAUAAAAUAAUGGCAACCUUUGCCAAAUUGGUUGUGAUAAAAUUUGCGAUAUAUCGCGAUAUAUCAUGCCGCCCUAACGCACACACAAACACUUUUGCAUGAACACAUGCACACACUUGUAUAUGUGGUUUACAGGGACUCUCCAUAGACGUAAUGGUUUUUAUACUGUACAAACUAUAUAUUCUAUCCCCCUACUCUACCCCUACCCCUAAUCCUACCCAUCACAGAAAACUAUCUGCAUUUUUUGAAUUUCAAAAAAAAAAAAAAAAAAAAAAAAAAAAAAAAAAAAAAAAAACAGUUCAGUAUGUUUUUUUUUUUAAGCCAUUUGGCUUACGAGGACACAGGAAGUGUCCUCAAUAACCAUGAUUACGUUGUAAUUCCCAUGUCAUUAUACACGUUUGUGUCGUCAUAAACCAUGUAUACAAGAACACACACACACACACACACACACCAAAACAAAUAAACAACUUUGCUAUUGCUACUGGUUGUAUUUACAGUUUUUAAUGUUUAUGUCUUUUUUUUGUUUUUUUGCUUUUUUACUUUUGGUUUAUUAAAAUAAAUAUAUUGUGAAUCUAAUCAUCUAAUCUGAGUUAAGUUUUUUUUUUGUGCAAAUUUAUAUGGCAUUAUUGCAAAGACAAACACUCCAGAAGUCCCCAAAAAGCAAAAACAAAUUCUAAACUUUCACAAAAAUACUUAUUUUAAUGCAUUUUAUUGUUAAAAAAAAAAAAAAAAAAAAAAAAAAAACUUGUCUUAUGAUCAGUUGGCCACAUCCAGAAAAAUGAAUGGAUCUCUAUUGCCCUCUGCUGGAUAAAUAUUGUCAAAACACUUUUUCUAAAACUGUAGUUAUUAAAACUUCUAACCAACAGAUGGCAGAAUUCUGCCUCCAACACAUAGAUCAAUAUCCAGAAACAACUUCUAUUUAAUUUAGAUCAUCAUGAGAGCUGGCCCGUCCCACAGGCGGUACAGGCGGUCGCCUAGGGCCCCGUCUUAUCUGGGGGGCCCCCACGGCCAUGAAAAUAUUAGCAUAAUCGGAGUGUCUAUUUACACUAAGUGCAAAUAGUCAAACUUGUUGGCAUGUGCAACAUCUGGUUGGGACAAAAGUAUAAAAACCGCUUGUGUCUCGUCAGUGAUAAUGGCGUAGGGAAUCAGGCAUUACAGAUACUUUUGAUGCAAAUCGUCCAGAGUUCGAAUCCGCCUUUUGCCGAAUUUGUUCUUCUCGCUUUUUCCAUCACAUAUAAGAUAGGAAAGGCAUUUAUUUUCAAUAAAUAUUCCAAUCAAAAAGAAGAUUUGUUCAUUAAUUGUUCAAUAAAGAACAAGUGAAUAAAUCCGAAAACAAACAUACACAGUAGCCUAAUACCGCCUGUGAUAUAGUGGGAGAACUCGAGUACUGUAAUUAUCACAGUAUUCAUAUACACAGAUUCUACCACACUUCUCUCCAAAAUGCUCAAGUUUGUUAGAAACGUGAAAAAUGUAUUUUAGUGGCGCACUUAGACUACUCUUUAUUAAUGCUUAAUUGCUUAUUAAGCAUUUUGUAUGACAAAAUGUGCUGUCAAGAAUAAAAAUUCCAAAUAUUCUAAUCUCUAUGGUAAUAUCGACUUAACUGAUGUGGAUAUAGAGUACCU